AUGGAGCUCUGGCUUUUGCGGGAGCUCCUCCUCUAUGUAAAUGACGUCACAAGAACCUGGGAGGCAGGAACAGACAUGCGCCAACGUCAUAGUGCCCCCGCGUCCGCAGAGGCUUGUCUGAAGUACGUACCCAUCUCCCGCCUGCUCAACGAGACCUCCACUUCUCCAGCUGCAGAGCUGGAGUUGGUUGAUCCCAUCCGUGUUUGCAGCCAAGACAUACCACAUGCAAAAGAGCAGAGCAUUGCUCGCGCUCGUCGCGUAAUGUUGGCCGACAAGAUACGUCAGCCUGUCGAUUGCACGCAGUGGCCAGCCAACCAGCCUACACAGACAGGCAGGCAGACGGACCAUCGGGAAGAUGGCAUUCUUUGCAAAUCUCGAUCAUGUCGUUGCUUCCCCACCUUCUGGGAUAGGUUAAGACCACCGGAGGCAAGGAGCUCUCCUAGAAGCUUGCAGCCACAAUGGAUCACGCGCGACGAAAGCAAAGGGGCCAAGCAGAGAGCACAGGGCAAGGACAAGGUAGACAGCGCAAGCAAGCAUCUGCCAAACCGCCGGAGCGCACAGACCAGAAAGCCGACUGGACCACAACAACUACCAUGUCGCUGA